AUGGAUAAGCAAGCCGCUAAGGAUAAAUUUAUUGGAGAAUUUGACGCGUUGGUCGACGAGCUUAAGCAAAUUUUGCACCAAUACAAGAUGCCCCAGGAGGCAGUGGACUGGUUCACCAAGAAUUUAUAUUACAAUGCCCCAGGUGGUAAAUUGAACAGAGGCCUCUCUGUGAUUGACACCUAUUGUAUUUUGAAAAAUGUCAAAAUCGAAGAAUUGUCUGACGCUGAGUACAAGAAGGUAGCUAUAUUGGGAUGGGCUAUCGAGUUAUUGCAGGCCUACUUCUUGGUCGCUGACGACAUGAUGGACCAGUCCAAGACUAGAAGAGGCCAGCCAUGCUGGUACUUGAAGCCUGGUGUGGGAAACAUUGCUAUCAAUGACUCUUUCAUGUUGGAAGGUGCCAUCUACGUCUUGUUGAAGAAGCACUUCCGUCAAGACCCAUACUACGUUGAUCUCUUGGACUUGUUCCACGAAGUCACCUUUCAGACUGAGUUGGGUCAACUAUUGGACUUGGUCACUGCUGAUGAGGAGCAUGUCGACUUGGACAAAUUUUCCUUGCAGAAACACUCGUUUAUUGUCAUUUUCAAGACCGCAUACUACUCCUUCUACUUGCCCGUUGCAUUGGCUAUGUUCAUGAGUGGUGUAAGCUCUCAGAAGGACUUGGAACAAGUCAAGAACGUGUUGAUUCCCUUGGGUGAGUACUUCCAAAUCCAGGAUGAUUAUUUGGACUGCUUCGGUACACCAGAACAGAUCGGUAAAAUCGGUACUGAUAUCAAGGACAACAAGUGCUCGUGGGUAGUUAACCAGGCUUUAUUGAAGGUUAACGCCGAGCAGCGUAAGCUUUUAGACGAGAACUACGGUAAGAAAGACGACGAGAGCGAGGCGAGAGUGAAGAAAUUGUUUCACGACCUUGACAUUCCAAAGAUCUAUAACGAGUACGAGGAGGACGUCGUUUCCCGUUUGAGAGCCCAGAUUGAGAAUAUUGACGAGAGCAGAGGUUUGAAGAAGGAAGUGUUGACCUCCUUCCUCAACAAGGUGUACAAGAGAUCCAAGUAA